AUUUUAAAUUCUGAGAACUGAGAACCUUUUAUUGCGUUGCUGCAUUACAUAUAAUGUAUCGAAGUGUUUUCUGUCUCUUGUUGUUCUUUCUAAUCUUGUCUACCUACACCUGCCCUCUUGCUUUCCAAAGUAGAUAAAUGGUCUCGCCUCUCGCAUGUCAGUUGAGUUGCUGAGCUGAAUACAGAGCUUCGAAUUCGCGAAAUACUUAUCAAUUUGUGGGAAAAUGAAGCUAAUUUUGUGUGUGUUGACGAAUUCGUGUUCUUAAUUGUGAAGAUAACGUUGUUAUAUGUAUUUCAAGUAGAAUUGUUAAGAAGAUCGCGAUCACAUAGACUAUCAUAUCGUUUUUUGAAGACUGAAGAAGUAAAAAAUCUUUGUGCACUUGAGAAAUGUUGAAAUUGGCCAGAAUUCCGAAAUAAGAUAUUCCAACGAAUUACUCUUCGUAAAUUGAAUCUUCGCAGCAAUGGAAGUCGACUAUGGAGAUAUGGACAUCGAUAAUUCAUCAGAAGACCUGUUCGUUUUCCACGAAUCUGUACCAACAUUACAAAAGAUGGCCAGUCACACGGUGGCUCUGCAAUUAUGGCAUCAUUUCCUCAGUCGUGCAAAACGUAGAAAAAUACAAGAGCGAUCGUACUUUUUCUUGACGGUUUUUAAUCUGAAUGAAAACUACGAAAAUGAAUCAGAAAAAUUGGUAGAAUUAUUGAAAACACCUCAACGCAUCGAAAAAAUGUUGAAAAAAUCUUUGAAGAAAAUUUGUACCGAAACCGAAGAGUGGAUACAUCAUUUCAGAAGUUUCACGGAAGGAAUAUUCAGAUACUGCGUCCGUGUUUUCGAUCCAAAUCACAUAAUUUGGCGGCCAAAUGGUGAGAUUGAUGGCGAAAGAAGCGCUUCGAAGAUCUUGACCGAAGGAAAAUUAAACACGGAGCAGAAGUUCGUUUUAAUGUGCGCACAUGCUAUGGCUGAAGAAUUGGAAAGAUUUCCUAUGAACUCGCUUCCAGAGUCGUUUCAGUGGCUGGGGAUUUCUGAUAUGAAAGUCGGAUAUUGGAUUUCUCACCAUAGACAAGAUUUGCGUGAGAUAUGGCGUAGACUGCCAGAGAUGAAUCGUCCCGAAGAUACUUCGAUCAAUGUCACUAUGGCCAUUGAGUGUGCCAGUCAGUCUUUGCCUUACGCUUUCGAGUAUUUUUGGAAACGUUUGAGUGAAGUGGAGCAAUUAGCGGUUGUUCCUAGAAUCGUGCCUGACUUGAAGUCGAAGGAAGUUCGAAAAAUCAUGCUAUCGACAAUGUCUUACUUUCAACAACUUCAGCUAGUAGACCAAAUUCCUAUCGAAUUAAUGACGAAUUUUUCUGUCACUGGUAAUUCCACCAAAAACUGUAUGCCAGAAAAUGUGUUCAGAGUUUGGACCCUCGUAAAAGAUCGAAUUACAGAGCAGCAAUUUGAAAAAUUUCUAGAGAACGUACUGAACGAUGAGGAGGUGAUGUAUUGCGAAAAGUACAUGAUUAUGUUGAACAACAUUUGGGAUACAGCUUCUGAUCGUCUUAAGAGACACGUGGUCGAAAACCAUGGCUUCCUGAUAUUUAAUGCAUUCAUGUUUUGCAAGUCGUAUCCGCCGAGUAGUUACAGAUUGUUCAUGAAUUAUGUACCAUUAUUGAACGAACGUACCAGAAAAGACUUUUUUUGGCCGCAUUACAGUGAUGCGGAUCUCGUAGCUGGGAAGCGGGACACCGACAUCUGGAACUUAUGUUUACCAAAAGAAUCUGAUCGGUUGCAGCUGAAGGAUUGGGUCUUGAAGUCGAGCGGUAUGAUGAAGUAUUGCGCAGAUAAAUUGGUGUGUCUGGAAUUCGAUGAAGCAAUCAACGCGGUGGCUUUUUUUUCGCGAAAUGCUCGUGACAGUCGCAAAUUCUACAUGAAGUUACUGGAGCCCAAAGAACUGGAAAGUUCGGCGAGUACAUUCAUUCUGGAUUAUGAAAACUGGAAUAAAUUCAGUAAUUUCAUCGACGUAGUUCUUACAGACGAUUUUUCGACCAUCUCAACGCUAAAGAAACAGUUGGUUUCUUCUUUUUCCGUUCGUGAAGUUGAUUGUUGGGACAAGAAAGAAAAUUUCAGCGUGCUGGUUAAAAUAACCGAACAAGUUUUCUCGACCGAAGAGGUGAAAACUUUUAAGCAAACGUUGUUGAAACGUUUCCAGAAAAUGAUCUCGUCGCGAACAUCUUGGCGAAACUUUGAAGGAAAAUGCUACGAUACGUUUAUAUCCUGGUGUUCUGAAGACGAAAGCCGAGUUAUCAAUCUCAAGGAUGUUGUUCCGAUUGAUGCAUUUUUCGACGACAGUUUUCGUGAUAUCUGCUCUUCGCCCAAUAAAAAUGUUGAAUAUCAGCUUAGCCAGAUAGAUGAGUUUCUUAAAUAUGUUUGCGUCAGUGAUGAGGAAGUUAAUCUGGUAAAAGUACGUAAAUAUUUCGAACGUGAUCGGUAUUGGAUUCGUCGAGUUGAGCAAAUUUUUCCUAGUCCAUCACCUAAUCUACUUCAUCCUAAUCAACGCACGAUUUUUAAAUGGUUUCUCAGUGUUGAAUAUUGAGAAGAUGUGCUCAUUCAAAUUUCUGUUCGUUGAGUUGAAAGCAGCAAAGAAAAUAAAUUCGGCCUUACUUUGAAUGCAUUUUUUGUAUAUUUUUCGAAUUUUGUAUACCUAUCAGAUAUACUUCACUUACUUACUUGUAUUGAUUUUUUUUGCAUUAUUAUUUAAUAAUAAUUAUCAUUCGUACGCAUUUAUUUUAUUGGUUCUUUUUUUUUGUAAGUUACUAUUUUUCCACUUUCAAAUAAAUUUAAUAAUUAAUGCUGUUUCGUUGUACGAGCUGCAAUCUUAAAUUUAAUAGCACAUCACAUUCAGUCCAAAAUGUUAAGAAUACCUACCUAUAGUUGAAGAAAGAUAGCGAUAAUUACAGUAAUCGCUUUGUUGAUUGUGAUUGUGAUGGCCUUUUUUUUCGAAUAAAGUAUUUCGCCAUAA